AUGUCUAAUUCAAUUGUCCAGUAUGUACUUCUUAGAAGUGAUUUAUUAAAGGACCUGGGCUGGUCCGUGGGUGCAUUAGUUGCACAAGCAUGCCAUGCUUCCACAGCUGCCUUACAUUUAUAUAAAGAUGAUGAAGUAACUUUAGAAUACUUAAAUAACUUAGACAAUAUGCAUAAAGUUGUUUUAGAAGUACCAAAUGAGGAAUCAUUAAAGAAAGUGGCAGAAAAAUUAAAAGAAAAUUCAAUAGCUCACAAGCUUUGGAUAGAACAGCCGGAAAAUGUUGCAACUUGUUUGGCUCUAAAACCAUAUCCAAAAGAUGAAGUAAAAAAAUUUGUUGGCAAAUUCAAAUUAUAUAAGACCACUUUAGCAAGUUAA